AUGAGUUUUUACAUCUCCCUGAGAGCAUUUGCAAUUCUAGCCAAAGCCGGGGCUAAAGCAGCGCCCGGCGGAGAGGGGGCUGCGGGCGAGGCGGAGGGAGCGGAGCGGGACGGAGGGGCACUGCCCGCCCGCCAGCCUCGCAGCUCCGCUGACUCCUCCGCGCACAAAACGGAGACGGAAAGUUUUGCUGCAGCACUCUCUCUCUCUCCCUCUUUCCCUUCUCUGCUUUCAGGUCGCAUUUUAGACAUCCCUUGCAAAGUGUGUGGGGACCGCAGCUCCGGGAAGCACUAUGGGGUUUACGCCUGCGAUGGGUGCUCGGGAUUUUUCAAGCGGAGCAUCAGGAGGAAUAGGACUUAUGUUUGCAAAUCAGGAAAUCAGGGAGGUUGCCCGGUGGACAAGACGCACAGGAACCAGUGCCGAGCGUGCCGGCUGAAGAAGUGCUUGGAGGUCAACAUGAACAAAGAUGCGGUGCAGCACGAGCGGGGCCCCCGCACGUCGACGAUACGAAAGCAGGUGGCCCUGUACUUCCGCGGGCACAAGGAGGAGAGCGGCGGAGCCCCGCACUUCCCCGCUGCCGCCCUGCCGGCACCCGCCUUCUUCACCGCCGUCUCCCAGCUGGAGCCCCACGGCCUGGAGCUGACGGCUGUCACUGGCACCCCGGAGAGACAGGCUCUGGUGGGCCUGGCACAGCCCACCCCAAAGUACCCACAUGAAGUCAACGGUACCCCUAUGUAUCUCUACGAAGUGGCCACUGAAUCCGUCUGCGAGUCAGCAGCCAGACUGCUGUUCAUGAGCAUCAAGUGGGCCAAAAGUGUCCCAGCCUUCUCCACCUUGUCCUUACAAGACCAGCUGAUGCUUUUGGAAGAUGCUUGGAGAGAACUGUUUGUUCUAGGAAUAGCACAAUGGGCCAUUCCAGUUGAUGCUAACACUCUACUGGCUGUAUCUGGCAUGAACAGUGACAAUACAGAUUCUCAGAAGCUGAAUAAAAUUAUUUCAGAAAUACAGGCUUUACAGGAGGUUGUGGCUAGAUUUAGACAACUUCGGCUAGAUGCUACUGAAUUUGCCUGUCUCAAAUGCAUUGUCACUUUUAAAGCUGUGCCCACACACAGUGGUUCUGAACUGAGGAGUUUCCGAAAUGCUGCCGCCAUAGCAGCCCUUCAAGACGAAGCCCAGCUCACCCUGAACAGCUACAUUCACACCAGGUAUCCCACACAACCCUGCCGUUUUGGAAAACUUCUAUUGCUUUUACCAGCUUUACGUUCAAUUAGUCCAUCUACAAUAGAAGAAGUGUUUUUCAAAAAGACCAUUGGGAAUGUACCAAUUACAAGACUGCUUUCAGAUAUGUACAAAUCCAGUGACAUAUAAAUUACCUUAAAAUAAACAAUCAGGAUGGACAGUUUGAGAAGAACUUUUAUCUAUGGAGAAUAAGCCUCAACUAACAAAAUCUACAGGAAGCAUAAGCCUGGGAAUGUUUAGUCCUUAAACUCAUUAACAAAAAAUAC